AUGAGUGGUGCAAGACAUCCACACGCGGAGACGGGUAUCACGGAUGAGGCUGCUAUUGCAGAGCAUGACCUUAUUGCACGAGCCGAGGAGGAAGAGGAAAGAUUGCAUCCUGAUAAGCCAGCACCUGCUGUGCCUGUAGCAAAUCCAGCAGCAGACCACGCCAAGCCUGAGAAGAAGGAAUCGACAAUGGACAAAGUGAAACACGCACUACAUUUGGACAAAUAA